GAGACAAAGCCUGAAAGUUCAGAUCAAUGCAACUGGUGAUGCAGUGUGCAUGAGAUACAUUCGGCCCAGUCCAAGCACCAAACUGGAAGGCUUCAUCUUGGGGUACGGCAGCAGCUUCUUCUCUAACCAGUAUAUUCCUCUGCCAUCAGAUGGGAAAUCUUACAUAACCGAAGUUGACGCAGAGCCAAGAUACUUGAUUGCAGUGAGGCCAGCACCUGUUCCAAAUUACAAGAAACCCUGCUCAGGUAAAACGAAUACACCAAAGCCCCUCCAGCUGGUAAUAGGCACUUUAACUCCAACUUCGGUCUUCUUGUCCUGGGGGAUCUUAGUCAACCCAAAGCAUGAUUGGACCACAAUGAAUAACUGUGCAAAUGACAGGUUUUAUACAGUCCGCUACAGAGAAAAGGACAAGAAUAAGAAGUGGGUUCUCCAGCUUUGUCCAACAACAGAAACUGUGGUGGAUAAUCUGAAACCCAACACAAUUUAUGAAUUUGGAGUGAAAGACAAUACAGAUAAUGGGGUCUGGAGCAAGAUUUUCAAUCACAAAGUGGCUGUGCCUGGUAAAAAUAAAGAAAAUGGACAACUCCAGAAUAAUUACAAAAUACCAAGAAUCCCAACUCAGUUUAUACCAGCAGAUUCAAAAGUUCAGCUUCCUUACACAAUAAUCAAACAAGUGCACCUUAUUGUACCAGAUUUCAAUGGAACCCGACAGAAACUGCCAUCACUGGAUAUCUCUGAAAGACCAGAGAAAAAACCGGCUAAGAAUGAAACCCAGGAAUGGCCUGCGGAAUCCAAGACACCAGAAGUACAAGAAAUCUCUCCCCAAUCCCAGCCUGCUAUGACUGAACUAGACUGGGGAAGCAGCAAACCUACAGCUGCCAGUGCCUCAGAAGAAACAAAGAGCUCUCCAGCUCAUUCUGAAAGUGAACCAGAAUCCUCAAAACUAAAUAAAACUCCUUUGGCUAAAUUGCCACUUGACACACUGGCUCACACUGAAAGGGAAGUGGAGUCUUCAAAACCUUUGGUUGAAUUGCCACUUGACACACAGGAUAAAUACUCUGUACAUAGUAUUUCUGCUGCAGACACAGGGCUGCUGAAGGCUACCUCUGCUCCACACGAGUUGCCAGAAAUUCCUAAAACUAAAAUACCUCACACACUUCAAAUGCCCACGGAAAUAUUGGCUUCAAGUGAAAUGCAGCCAGUUCCUUCAGCACCCCAGCCACCUGCUCCAAAAGCUACACCAACAAGGCUGGUUUUCAGCAAAACACAACCUGGUCUUUCAAGCCCCAGAAGAUCUGAUGAGAUUGACAUAUCAGACUCCGAACGAGCAGUAACAAAUGAACCCACCCUGGAAUCUUUCACACCAAAAACAUCCAAGCCUCUUGACUGGCCAAAGACACCACAGGGACAGGUUCCAGAAGUCAAGCAUCGUGUUUCGAGUCCUAAGCCAACCAUUGGCCCUCAUGUGCUGCAUACUAAACCUGAUAUGAAACCUGUUGCACAUAGAACUGAGCCACCCAAGUCUGAACUAGUACCAUUUAUUACGGACUUGGACUCAAUUAACCUCCAUAUUCAUGUUUUCAAUGGUCCCAAAGCUACUCCGGAAGAAAGAGACCCUGUGCCUUCCAGACCAAAAACUUGGCUCAGCCCUGAUGUGCCCCAGACCAAGCCUGACAUGGAAGCAGUUACUUUUAGAACUGAACAACCAAAGUCAACAAUGGUUCCUAAAGAAACUCGUCGUGUCCCUGCCAGACCAAGAACAUCUCCCAGCCCUGGUUUAACAACAACCAAGCCUAGUCAAAAAGGGAGUCGCCGUGUUCCACCCAAGCCUAAAACGUCACCCAGCCCAAAAACACCGCAUACAAAACCAGUUCGAAAGGAAAUGCAGCCUGUUCCUUCCAAAUCUAAAAUCUCUUCAACCACAGACACACCACAGACUGGACCUGCAGAAAUUAUUCCAUUCUCUCAAGGUCCUGCCACCACCAUCAUACCUCAUGUUCCUGAAAAGGCAAAGGCAAUGCCGGCUUCAACAGUAGAACAGUUCAUUCCUAAUAAAUCAAAACCAACUACCAGGCCAAGAAUGCUAGAGACCAAACCUGCAGUACACCGAACAACCCCACAACCACUUAUAAUCAAACCUACCAUAUCAUCUGAACGACAAAAGUCAACUAUGGCUCCAAAAGAAACACGGUUUAUUCCUCCUAAACCCAAAACAUCUGGCAAACCAGAAGUACCCCAGACAAAACCUGCACCAAUUGCAACGGACCUGGGGUCAAUUAAUCUCCACAUUCAUGUUUUCGAUGGCUCCAAAGAUACUUUGGCCUCAUCCAAGCCCUACAGAGGUGUAACAGCAACUGAAAGUCCACAUUUGAAAACUGGAGCACCACAUAAAGUAUACUUCACUACUGCAAAACCCAAGAUGACUGAUAAGUCACAGACCAGACCUGUUGUUGGUAAAACAACACCAGCCCCUGGCAGAACAAGAACAUCUGGAGGCUUGACGUGGGAUAAAGUACCAAAAGGCGACAAACUAAUAGACCAGGAUGCUGCUAGGCUUCUUAGUACAAGCUCUAGUACGGGUUCAAACACAUCAGUGCAUUCCUCAGUCGCAAGAAAGAAACCAGACCCUGUAGCUACACCACCUGACUCUCCGCGACCUCCCUUAGCUCCUGCCAAGCCUACACCAAUGCGAAGAAAACCUUUGCCACCAAACACGGUGACCGGUAAACCUGGAGGUUCAGGAAAUGUCUUGAUGCCACGAGCCUCUUCAUCUUCCACAGCAAAGCCUACAGGGCCAGCAGCUCAUGGGAAAACAAGCUCACAUAAAAAACCCCCUACAGCAUCAUCAUCUCCAGAUUAUAGUAAUAGAACUUUGUUCAAUUCACAGCCUACAUCAGAUACUGAUGCUUCUGGCAAACGAAGGUUCACAGGUGAAGGUGUGUUGUAUAUAAAGAAACCAGAAGAUGUGCCAUGCUCCAUCACAGACACGCUCCAAUACUUUCCAACGGAAGAGGGGGACAGCACAGAGGUACCUACUAGCCCUCCACGAAAGCCUCCUACCAACCUCACUGUGGUAACUGUCGAAGGCUGCCCAACCUUUGUCGUACUGGAUUGGGAAAAACCACCAAAUGAAACUGUUACAGAAUAUAGAGUUGUAUCGACUGAAAAUGGAAGCCCUGCAGGAAAGGACAAGACUAUUAUAACGACAAAUCAAACUCAUUCUACUGUAGAAAACCUGAAACCUAACACGAGUUAUGAAUUUGUUGUGAUACCUAGCAACCCCCUUGGUGAAGGACCGAGCACCGAAUCAAAGCCAUUUAAAACUGAAUCAGCGGACCCAAGAGUGACUGAGCCAAUUUCAAUGGGAAAAGAUGCCAUCUGGACUCAAAUCAAAUUCAAUUCUGAUUCCUAUUCUGAAUGCAAGGGGAAACAGUUUGUCAAGAGGACUUGGUACAAGAAGUUUGUUGGUGUACAGUUGUGCAACUCCCUCCGAUACAAAAUUUACCUCAGCGAUUCACUUACAGGUAAAUUUUACGACAUAGGAGAUCAGAGGGGGCAUGGAGAAGAUCACUGUCAAUUUGUGGACUCGUAUUUAGACGGAAAAACAGGGCCACAUGUUCAGUCGGAUCAACUACCUACCAAAGAGGGCUUUUUUAGAGCGGUGCGACAGGAGCCGGUCAAGUUUGGGAAAAUAGGCGCGGAGACGCAUACUAACUACGUCCACUGGUAUGAGUGUGGAGCAACAAUACCUGGAAAAUGGUAGAGCAAGAGAUAAGACAAAUGGCAGAGCAAAGGAUGAUACCAAAUGGCUGCAAUCCAGCUAUGGCUAAGCCAGGCAAGCUGAGAGAUGGAAAUGUGUUGUGGUGUAGUAUUGUUCAUUCUGAAAUCUAACAAUACUGUGUUAACUGUUUGAUAGCAUUGGCUGCUUAAUUAUAGUUGUCCAGAUUUAUGGAUCUGUUGUAGGAACUUAGAACAUGUCAUAAAAUACUUGGGAAGCUGGCUCCCUCUUAAGUCUCUUCUGGUGCCCUCUACAUAUUUUGAAAGAUGUAGUUUAUUAUUUAUCAUUGUUUGAGGCACCUUUUAUGGAAAAGUAUGUAUUCUGAAUUUUAUUGAUGCAUACUGCUGAAGUCCGUGUUCUGAUUUAUUUUUCAACUCAUUUAAGUUAUUCUGUCAGGUUAGCUUUUCUGCUACUUUAUAUGCCCAGGCUGCAAAUAUACAGUUCUCUAUUUGAACACUCUGGAAAGCUAAUGAUGCUCUCUGUACAGCUCUGUACUCAGAUAGCCUGUGUUUUUAAACAUGGCAGCCACAUGCCAGAGAACCAUUUGACUGAGCCCAUGUCAAUAAUCGUUCUGCCAUUUGCAAGUGUGGCAAAAUGCUCACCACUUGGCCUGAGGUAGAUUGGAUGCCUGCAUCAUUUUGUGGAGAACUCACCUAAGGGUAGGUUUUAUUCUCUAUUCCUUUUAAUUUUGUAUGUCCAACAGGACUUUGAUUUGGCAAAAGCAGGUUACAGCUUGCUUGUAAGACCUGCUCCUCAAGACACUUGUCUUGCAUAGAUGGAGCUAACUAUUGAAGGGACUGUAUACACAUGCUUCUAUGGUGCUUUUGGAGUAACUGGAAGCUAUGUCUCUGCAGAUUAUUGCCUCUCUAUAGUGGAUUGAU